AUGACCCUGAAGUACCUGAGCAGAACUUUGCCAAUUCUCAAAGCAGAUGCGACUUUACCAAAAGUAGCUAACUUCAAGAGCGAUCCCAUUUCAGAUAACAGUGAACUCAUCAAAAACAUGACCCUGAAGUACCUGAGCAGAACUUUGCCAAUUCUCAAAGCAGAUGCGACUUUACCAAAAGUAGCUAACUUCAAGAGCGAUCCCAUUUCAGAUAACAGAAUAUCCUCUUUCGAUAAUAACAACGUUGACAGAAAUGGAAGGAGUGAUACAUCUGCCCACAUUGAAAAAUCUUCUACGGAACAGCCAGAAAAUGAGAAAGUGAAGAAAUCAGAAAGGCAAGCUAGAAAGUUUUGUGAUGGUGGUGGUGUGUUCUGCGACUUGUAUAAAGCAAUGAAUGGACAACUCAGUUCACUAUCAAGUGUCCCGUCUUCACAGAUUCCGCUGGAGAGAAGAGAUGACGUGUCAGCUCCCCCAAGAUAUGAAGGACCACCCACGCCGUGCCCAGCCAAAGUCGAGUACGCCACACCUGUAUUUGCUAAAAACUAUCAAGGAAUAUGGAGAUAUGUUGUGCAGAUACCUUAUGAAGGGUAUUUCACACAAACUGUAGAAGUCACCAGAUGUUUGCAAUCUCGAUGCCAUUACUUGGAAGGAGGUUGUUUAUCAUCUCCAAGGUGGUCCAGUCUUCUGGUGGCAGAAAUCUUUUAUCCGGAAACAAUACGGGGAAACGUAGAUAUAAGCACACCACAUAGAAGCCACGUAACGGCAUCCCAACCUCCGUCUGUACAAGAUUUUCAGAACUAUCAACAAUAUCUCCACAAACGAGCCGGUUUACAACCCUCACCCAUUGAUCAGCCAACCACACAAAGGGCGCCCCAAUGCGAUGGAGUUGACGCCCUGGGCUGUUUCCAAGUUCGAUUAUAUUAUGAUUGGUUCCUUAUACCUGGAUCAUGCAAAUGCUGGCGACCGGAUUAUUUCAACAAAUACGUGAAAAGGAAGUCCAAUAAUUCUGAACUCUGAGAUUCAUAAUAUACAGAGAAUUUUAAAUACUUUGAUACUCUUUAUUUAUUUAAAUAUUCACCUGAAAUGUCACUACCCGAAAAUUAGACUAUGAAACUAUUGU